GCCAUCCCGAAAGUCAGAUGACGUCCCUUGGCAGUGUCAUGUCCUUCAUUAUUUUCUUUCGACGGUUGGGUGAGGAGCAUACAGCACAGCGCUCAUUGUCGAAGGUGAAGCCUCUAACGUUCAACAGUCUCCUUUGUUCUGCCUAUCCAUUGUAUUCAGCUAGCUAGCAGAAGCCUUUGGAAGCUUGGUGAUUGCCGUCGCUUUUUUGUUGACCAAACGAGAAAAGCGUCUCGUACGGUCAGUCCUUCACCGGCUUCUCUUUGUGGCUGCUUUCUCGAAAGAACGUUCUGUUUGAGUUUUCCAGCACUCUUUCUUCUCGCCAAGGCAGCUUCACACAUACAUACAGUGCGUACAGUCUCAAUACGAUCGAUUGGAUUGCCAUUGCCAUUCGUUGUCUCUAUCUUUCUUGAUUGACCAAAAAAGAAAUUCAGAACAAUGGCCGAUUCACCUGCCGAGCAACGCUUCCGCCAGCGUGAGAAUGAUGACACUAUGGAGGACGACGAAGUGUUCCCUGCCAAUGAGAACAAUGUCCCCAUGAACGAAGAAAACUUUGCGAGCCUUCCACGAGCCACUGCCAUUUGCGAGGGUCUCAAGCUGAUCAAAUCCACCGAGCAACUUGUACGACAAAUGAAGAAGGAACACGCCGCUCAAGUGGGACGCGCCUCCUUGCUCGUCAAUGCCGAACGCGGUUGGGAGUACUUGGGGUACCGCGAACGGCGAAAUCCAGACAACAUUCUCUUGGCGUUGGCCAGUCCCAAGAGACCUGCCUGCAUGAAAUGGAGCAACUUUACCCUGCACUUUUCGCACCAAAUCCGGCAAGACAAAGCCGUUCUCCUGGCUCGCCUCGAACAUGUGCCGGGCUUUGAAGAAUGGUCGACGAGGCGAACAUUUGACGCGCCACGAAACUUGAGGGGAGACAAAGAAGUCAUGAUGGCAUUGUGCAGUCGGGAUGGAUCCUGUCUCAUGUAUGCCAGCAAGGCAUUGAAAGAGGAUCGGCAGCUUGUCAUGGCGGCUGUCAGCAAAACGCCAACGGCAUUGACGUACGCGGCAAACAAACUCAAAGGCGAUCGCCGCAUUGCACGAGCUGCGUUGGGACGUCCUCUUGGCAUCAAGGCAUUCAAGAUGAUGAGCAAGACAUUGCAGGAAGACCCAAAGUUGGCCAUUCACGCCAUUCGCAAGAGUGGUGGUGUGGAUUCGAAAGGGUGGAGCUUGAAAGAUCUUCCAGAGCAUCUCUUGGACGAUGAAGAGGUCGUUUUGGAGGCUGUGCGCUGUCGUGGAGGAAACCUUCGCCAUGUCACGGACAAGGUACUCUUGGAAGACUUUGACAUUGUGUAUCAAGCUUGCAGCAACGACGGCACAGCCCUCGAGUUUGUGCCAGCGGGGAAUACACGCCAGCAAAUGCUAAAAGGCAACAAUCUAAUGACAGUUCUGUGCAAUGGUGGGGGCAAGUAUUUGUCCGAGGCGCCGAAACGAUACCGCGACGAUGCGGACUUUAUUCUGGCCGCCGUCGAAAACGGUCACAUUGACAAAUCGUUUGGUGACUAUUACACGUCUGACAGAGAAUUCUUCAUGGAGAUGAUUGCAUGCAGCAACCGCGUCGUGAAUUUCUACGAGUGCUUACCAGAAACGCUAAAAAACGCAAAGGAUGUGGCCAUUGCAGUUUUGAAGAAUUCAUCGAUCAGCAAUUGUGGAUGUUGGACUCUAGUCGAUCGCCACGAGUCUUUGCUUUGCGACAAAGAAACUCUGCUGCUACUGGUGCAACGGGGGUACCGAUCGGCUUUGGGGCGAUCUCCCGCUAAAGAAGCAAUGAAAGACAAAGAUUUCGUACUGAAGGCAUGUGCUAUCGAUGGCGCUUCCCUUCGCUACGCGUCGGAGGGUCUUCGAAAGGACGUAGAUUGUCUCACAACAGCCUUGUCAAACUGCAAAGAUUCUGGAGCUGUUGGAGUCCUCGUGGGUUGUCUACCAGAUGCUGCUUGGGACGACGAAAGUCUUGUGGAAUGCAUCAUUCGGGGAUCGGACGCUACGGACACGACAAUCUCCUGGCUGAAAGAAUACAUUCCAAGUCUGCGCCCUCGAAACAUCUAUCUUGCAUGCCUGGAGAAAGCUUGGCCAUACAGACAGUUGCCGUACAAUGCCCGCGCCGCGUACGAGAACGACGAGGAAGUCAUGUUGGCCGCAUUGAAGAAUCAAAAGGCGUUUGGUGGCUCGGGCGUGUUUUAUACACUUGGUGAAUCCAUGCGCAACUCCAGGAGCUUUCUUGAGAAAGCCAUCGCCAUCGAUCCGUCAGUGGUCUCCUAUGCACGCGAGCCUCUGAAGUAUGAUUAUCGAUUGCUGCUCGAAGCAGUCGGCACGUGUCGUAGUGCUCUGAUGACUGCUGCGCAUAGUUCUUCGGAUAUGCCCAAACUGGUGGAAUUUGCCGAACAGGUGCAAGAACGCAAAACUGUGGCGGACGGCUUUGUGGUGUUUCUAGCAGGGAUUGCGCAGUCAGGAGAGUCUCCGCCUCCCAAGAAGCGCCAGCGAAAGCGCAAGGCAACCAACAAGAGAAGCCAACAGCAGGAGGCCAACACCGGAUGCCAUUUGCCAAUCUUGAACUGCGGAGCUGAGACGGGAGUGGCUCUGAAACGUCUGAUUGGUGAAUUUGUAGGAAUUCCAACCGGUCGCGAGUAUCAGCUUGUGCAUGCUGCUGCUACAAACAUGGAGUAUUGGGGCUAUCCAUGAAAAAUAGAAGCAAUCUUGCGACCCUGUCAUGUCAUGUCAUGUCAUGUCAUGUCAUGUCAUGUCAUGUCAUGUCAUGUCAUGUGGGUCAUGGGAUUGUGAUUCUGGGUUCCUUGUCGCUCGACUGUGAUGUGUGGCGACGGUGCGAAACGCAAAAGUUGGGCUUUUGUUGUAGGGUCAAGUGUGUGUUGACGGGCCUUGAGCUGCACCAGCAUUAACAACCGGAAGGGGAAGUAAAGUAACCUGUAUAUCUGAACUUUUCAUUCAUCGUAACUAUUGUGAGAGGCACAACACGUUGGUACUUCAGACUUAUUUAUUGAUAUAGAUCUUAAAAGUAGACGCAAGGAUGGGAUUGCUG